AGCAGCACUGUCUUCAGAAGCAAGCCGUUAGCCGAGUAGCGCGAAGCGAGCACGAGCAGCAGCGGAACGUGGGACCGACGCGGUGUAUAGACGCGUAGGUGCGGAGUGUGGUGUAUACGAUUGACGAGUUCCCCUCGCGAGUAACGGCCGAAUCGAUCGGCACGACGCGCGUCCGAGGCGAAGACGGCCGCUUCGCGCGCCUGAGUGUGAUAUGCCAAUAAUUGGCGCUUGCGGCCCCGCGAAUGGAGGUGCUGCGGUUCUAGAAGCAACCGACGCCAAACCGACCAGCGACGCAUUCACGACGACGCCGAGGCGCGAUCACUGAAGAUAUUUAAAACCACAUCGUCCCAAAAUGAGUGCGGGCAUGGAAAAUGGGGCCGGCGAGGGCAAGUCGGCCAAGCAGAAGACCAUUGAGGCCGUCUAUCAAAAGAAGUCGCAAUUGGAGCACAUUCUGCUCCGACCCGAUACCUACAUCGGAUCUGUGGAGCCGAUAACGGAAAUGAUGUGGGUCUUUGAUAAGGAGAAGGAUAUGAUGGUGCAGAGGGAUAUAAAAUACGUUCCAGGAUUGUAUAAAAUUUUUGAUGAGAUCCUGGUGAACGCCGCCGAUAACAAGCAACGUGAUCCGAAGAUGGAUGCGAUCAAGAUCGACAUCGAUUCGGAGAACAACACCAUUUCUGUAUGGAACAAUGGCAAAGGCAUCCCUGUGGUAAUACACAAGGAAGAAAACAUGUAUGUACCUACCAUGAUAUUCGGUCACCUUUUAACGUCGUCGAAUUACGACGACGAAGAGGAGAAAGUGACCGGUGGUAGAAAUGGUUACGGUGCCAAGUUGUGUAACAUUUUCAGUCACCGUUUUACCGUCGAGACAGCGACGAAGGAAUACAAGAAAUGCUUAAAACAAACAUGGGGCAAUAAUAUGGGAAAGGCCAGUGAGCCUAGAAUUAAAGAGUAUUUCGGGGAUGAUUUCACAAAGGUUACAUUUUCCCCGGACUUGACAAAGUUCAAAAUGCAAUCUCUCGAUGAGGAUAUUGUUUCUCUAAUGACUCGAAGAGCGUACGACGUAGCCGCCUCCUCGAAGGGCGUUAAAGUUUAUCUGAAUGGCACUCGCGUACCAGUGAAGAAUUUUAAGGAUUACGUUGACUUCUACAUCAAAGGGAAGGAAGACGACGUCGGUAAUCCGUUGAAAGUCGUGUACGAGUGUUGUGGUCCACGUUGGGAAGUGGCCCUCACUUUGUCUGAUAAAGGAUAUCAGCAAAUGUCCUUUGUAAAUAGUAUCGCGACGACGAAGGGCGGCAGACACGUCGAUCACGUGACAGAAUUAAUAGUCAAGCAAUUGAUUGAAACGUUGAAGAAGAAGAAUAAAUCCGGAAUGGCCAUUAAACCGUUUCAAAUUAAGAAUCACUUGUGGAUAUUCGUCAACUGUCUCAUCAACAAUCCCUCCUUCGACUCGCAAACCAAGGAGAAUAUGACUCUGCAGCCGAAAAGCUUCGGCUCUAAAUGUACACUAACUGAUAAGUUUAUCACCUCGAUCACGAAAAUCGGUGUUGUGGAAGCAGUAUUAUCCUGGGCGAAGUUCAAAGCUGACAGUCAACUCGAGAAGUUGGGUCCCAAAUCAAAGCAAAGGAAGCUUCACGGUAUACCCAAGUUAGAGGACGCCAAUGACGCGGGAACUGCAAAAUCGCUGGAAUGUACGCUCAUAUUGACUGAGGGAGACUCAGCCAAAACAAUGGCUGUGUCCGGUAUCGCUUCCAUAGGCAGAGAUAAAUAUGGCAUAUUUCCAUUGAGAGGUAAAAUGUUAAACGUACGGGAAGCUACCCACAAGCAGAUCUUGGAGAAUGCUGAAAUCAAUAAUUUGAUAAAAAUCCUUGGUCUUCAAUAUAAGAAGAAAUACGAGACUCGAGACGAUUUGAAGACGUUGCGCUACGGAAAGAUGAUGAUCAUGACUGAUCAGGAUCAGGACGGUUCACAUAUCAAAGGUCUGUUGAUCAAUUUCAUUCACCACAACUGGCCGUCGUUGUUGAAGCUGAACUUCGUGGAGGAAUUUAUUACGCCUAUCGUGAAGGCCUCUAAGGGCAGCCAAGUUUUAUCUUUCUUUUCUCUGCCGGAAUUCGAUGCGUGGAAGAAGGAAACGGAAAACUUUCACACGUAUAAGAUCAAAUACUACAAAGGUUUGGGUACUUCGACCGCCAAGGAGGCGAAGGAGUACUUCGAGAAUAUGGCCAGACACAGGAUACGCUUCCGAUACGAGGGCGACCAGGACGAUCAGAACAUCAUCAUGGCGUUCAGCAAGAAAUGCGUUGACCAGCGUAAAGACUGGCUGACGAAUCACAUGAACGAAACAAAGAGGCGAAAGGAGAUUGGCCUCGGCGAGCGUUAUCUCUACGAGAAGGACACGCGCACCGUCUCCUUCUCGGAUUUUAUCAACGUCGAACUGGUGCUGUACAGCAAUUACGAUAACGUGAGAUCCAUCCCGAACAUGAUGGACGGCUUCAAGCCGGGACAGAGGAAAGUAAUGUUCACCUGUUUGAAGCGCAACGACAAACGCGAGGUGAAGGUCGCACAGUUGGCGGGCUCGGUCGCCGAGCAUUCGGCUUACCAUCACGGCGAGACGUCCCUGAUGGCGACCAUAAUCAAUCUCGCGCAGAAUUUCGUGGGCAGCAACAACAUUAAUCUGUUGCAGCCCAUCGGUCAGUUCGGUACAAGACUUUCUGGCGGAAAGGACGCCGCCAGUCCGAGAUACAUUUUCACGAUGCUCAGUCCUCUGGCAAGGUAUAUAUUUCACAAACAUGACGAUCCCCUGCUGAAACACGAGUACGACGACAAUCAGAGAAUUGAACCUGUCUUCUACAUACCCGUGAUUCCCAUGGUAUUGGUGAACGGUGCCGACGGUAUCGGUACCGGAUGGAUGACGAAGAUACCGAACUACAAUCCGCGAGAGAUAAUCGAGAAUUUACAUAGGAUGAUGGACGGCGCGGAUCCGAAGCCAAUGAUACCGUAUUACAAAAAUUUCAAAGGCGUCGUGGAGAGCUGUGGAGAUUUCCGUUACGUUAUAAGCGGGGAGAUAUCGGUGAUCGGACCCGAUAAGGUGGAGAUCACUGAACUUCCGAUUGGUACGUGGACGCAAACUUACAAGGAAACUGUGCUAGAACCUAUGUUACAUGGAAGUGAUAAAACGCCGGCUAUCAUUACGGAUUACAAAGAGUACAACACAGAUACGGCGGUACACUUUAUAGUAAUGAUGAAUCGUGACAAAUUAUUGGAGCUGGAAAGAGACGGUCUUCAUAAAGCGUUUAAACUUCAGACAACGAUGACUAUAACGUCUAUGUGUGCAUUUGAUGAAAAUCAAUGCUUGAACAAAUACGACAGCGUGGUGCAGAUAUUGAAGGGAUUCUAUAAAGUACGAUUUGACGCGUAUCACAAGAGGAAAGAUUAUCUGGAAGGAGUGUUGAAAGCGGAAGCUUCAAAGCUGGCGAAUCAGGCGCGCUUCAUCAUCGAGAAGUGCGACGGCACUCUAGUGAUAGAGAACAAGAAGAAGAAGGACAUGAUAGCGGAAUUGGUCAGAAGCAAUUACGAGUCCGAUCCGGUGGUGGCUUGGAAACUGUCGCAGAACAGAGAGCAAGUGCUGGAGGAUCAAGAAGAAGCUGCAGACAACGAUGAGGAGUCCACUCCAACCGCGAACGCGAUGGAGAAGGAGAAUUUCGACUACCUUCUUGGAAUGACGAUGUGGAGCCUGACGAAGGAAAAGAAGGAUGAACUGUUGCGUCAACGGGACGAGAAGACAGCGGAGCUGAAGAGAUUGCAAGCACGCACGCCGUUGUCUUUAUGGAAAGAGGAUCUCGACAAUCUGUUGACCGAAUUAGACAAGCUGGAAGAAAAGGAGCAAAAAGAACAGAUCAAAUCAAAACAGACCGAGAAGAAACCACCCUCGAGAUUCUAUUCUAAGACGGAAUACACUCGUCGAAUAGUGCCUAUCAUCGACGUCGAACUGAAAAAAAAAAUCGAAAAGGCUGACAUUGUGUCGAAGGAUAAGAAAGAAGGCAUAAAGAAGCCGAGAGUAAAGAAAGAGCUGGCCUCCAUAGAGGAGAAAGACGAGUUCGAUACUUUAGUCGAUUCUAAUGCUAAAUCCCUCGAAAACAGACUUGGAAAUUCUCCCGAAAAAUUGGAAAAGAAAACGACGAAGAAAGCAGGAAUGAAGCAAACAACAUUACAAUUUAAGCCGCUCAAGAAGGGAGCCAAGAAGAAAGAUAAGGACUCGGAGGACAGUGACGAUGAACGCAUCGAUUUCGGUAGCAUUUCGCCACUACCACAACGGUCGUCUCGUAGAGCCACAGCCAAAAAGAAUUAUAACCUGAGCUCGGAAUCGAGUGACAGUGACGUUGUGUUCGAUCCCCCAUCUGAUUCGGAACAAACAUCCAAGAAGCCCACUGUAACGCUAAGCGAUUCCGACGACAAUAUUAAACCGAUCAAGAAACUGCCUCAACCGACACCGACUUCAGAAGAACUUUUCGAUUCGUUAGUCGGCUUUUCUCCUGAGAAGCAGCAAUCUUCGCCUGAGAAGAAACCUGUAUUUUCAUCCGGGGAAGACUCUCCUAUGAAAUUUACGCCGCCUAAAAAGGCACCUGCGAAGAAGAAAGCCGAGAACGGUGGCGGCAAAGGAGUGAAGAGGCAGAAGAAGAAACCAAAAUCAUCCGAGGAUUCUGACACGGACGACAUAUUUACCACUAAACAAACUCUUAAGAAGAAAAAGAAGUCAGAAGAUUCUGACGACGAGAUAGAAGGUUCGCCGCCGCCCCGGAAGCCUGCCGGUAGAGCUCGGAAGCCUGUCUCGUAUGCGUUAAAGUCGGACGACAGCGACGAUUCCGAUUGAAUAUCGUCGCGCACCCUGAAAAAUGUCACAGACAACUAUAGUUGACUCAUGCAGUUUGAUGGUGGAUCUGCAGGCGAUGACGAAACUCACGGAUCGCGAAGGGACGUUGUACACAAAUUUAUUUGGAGAAUUUCGGAGAUUUCGUCCCCACCGAUUGUUGGUCGUGACAUUAGUUGUAAUUUUAUGUGGGGGUGCGCUUCGUCAGAACAGGAUCUGCCAGAAUGCGAAAAUGUCCCGCGAAUAAUUUUAAGAGAGCGAAAAUAACUUGGAAUUAAAAAUGUGUAUUUUUCUGUUUUACUUGAGUAACAUUCGAAGAUUUUACAUCGCGGACAACGCGGAUGCUCGAUCUCUGGCACGUUCUUCUGAAACGCUCCGUACAACGUUGUACAUAAUUUUGAUCCUCGAGUUAAGCAUAAUGUUGCGAACGAGUGAAAUUUCGUAAAAUUAAGAUGCUGUAGACAGUGCUGCAGGACGUAUUCGAGUGUGCUCGGAAUACUCACACAAAUCUCGUCACAUGAUUGCAAGUCUCUUCGGAAAAAUUUCUUUUAGCACGUACGAUGUAUAUUGUGUUUAUAUUUGUGAUAUGUAAUCUCAACGUGUUCCGGUUUACAUGUUACUUUUCUUUUCAAAAGCCCGAGGGGACUAUACGGCACGCUCCUGUCUUGCAAAGAAAAUGUCCGGCGCCGCCUGUGCUAGAUAGAUUAAUAAUUAGUACCGCGUAAAACGAGGGAACACUUCUCCAGAUCUCGAAUUAUCGCACAAUCGUUAUCAUAUUUUAUUUUCCUCGCUAUUGAAACUUUAUAAUUUGUACGAUAUGAUUCGAUAAAACUCGAGGAAAAAGAAAAAAAGCAGAAAAGAGAGAAAGAGAAAGAGAGGCAUAUGUCGAUCGCGGAAAACGGACGUUUUGUAGUAAAAUGAAAAGAAAGAAAAAUAUGAAAUAUACACAAUUUUUAAAUAUAUUUUUACAUACGUCACA